AUGGGGUGCCGCGGGGCGGGCGGGCUGGUGGCGCUGGCCCUGCUGUGCGCCGCCCGGCCGCCCGCCGCCGGCAGAGGCAUCAAGUGCGGCGGGGUGCUCUCGGCGCCGGCCGGCAACUUCAGCAGCCCGAACUUCCCCGGGCUGUACCCCUACGACACCGAGUGCACCUGGCUCAUCGUGGUGGCCGAGGGCUCCUCCGUGCUGCUCACCUUCAGCCACUUCGACCUGGAGUACCACGACGCCUGCGGCUACGACUACCUGCAGGUCUACAACGGUGCCGCCCGGGACCGCGGCAACCUCCUGGGCACCUUCUGCGGCCGCCGCCCGCCGCCCUCCUUCACCUCCUCCUGGCACGUCCUGGCCGUCGUCUUCCACUCGGACAAGCACGUGGCGAGCGGCGGCUUCGCGGCGGCUUACCGCGGAGACGUCUGCGGCGGGGAGCUCACGGCGCUCUCCGGCGAGAUCGCCAGCCCCGACUACCCGGACAACUACCCCAACAACGCCGAGUGCCGCUGGAGCAUCCGGGCCGCCGCGGGCGCCAGCGUGCGGCUGGUCUUCGCCGACUUCCAGGUGGAGAACGACGAGGAGUGCAGCUUCGACUACGUGGCCCUCUUCGACGGGCCCACGGCGGCGGCCGCCCGCCUGGGGCGCUACUGCGGCAGCCGCAGCCCUCCCCGCGCCGUCUCCUCCGGCCCCGCGCUCCUCGUCGUCUUCAAGUCCGACUUCAACAUCGGCGCCAGAGGCUUCAAAGCCUACUUCUACUCCGGCGAGUGCCAGGAGGUGUACACGGCCCUCAAAGGAAACUUCUCCAGUCCUCAAUAUCCCAACUUCUACCCCAAUAACCUCAAGUGUCAGUGGACCAUCCAGCUGCCCCCGGGGUACCGGGUCAAGGUCUUCUUCUUGGACUUGGACCUGGAGGGGCGCAGCAGCCUGACGGACGCCUGCGACUACGACCACCUGGCCGCCUUCGACGGCGGUGCCGAAAACGCCUCGCUGCUGGGCAAGUGGUGCGGGCGCCAGCGGCUGCCGCCCGUCGUGUCCAGCGGGAACGAGCUGCUGCUGGUGCUCCGCACCGACCGCAACACGGCCAAGCGGGGCUUCGCCGUGGCCUACGUCGGAGUGGUGCCCGUCAACGUCAGCUGCACGCGGACGGACUUCCACAUCCAGAUCCCCGUGCAGGCCCUGGCCCCGCUGGAGCGGCACCGGAUCUACCUGGGCAGCCCCUCCUGCGCCGCCCAGGUGGCCGGCUCCACCUUCAAGAUAGACGCCAGGUUCGACGCCUGCGGCAGCGAGGCCCAGAAGAGGAACAACACCUCCGUGAUCGUCAGCGUCCUCUACAUCGACUUCUCGGCGGGCGGCCAGGAGGACGUGCACCGCUACGAGGUGCAGUGCGAGCCCAAGCGCAAGGAGGCCUGGGUGAGCCUCCUGGCCGGCCCCGACCCGCCGCGGCCCGGCCCGCGGGCGGAGGACCUCGCGGAGGGCCAGCGGCGCGAGGCGGAGGCCGCCGACGCCCGCGACGGCAGGAGCCAAGACGCCAGCGACGUCGUCUUCAUCAGCAUCUGCAUCCUGGCGGGGCUCCUCAUGGUCAUCGCCGUGGUGGGGCUGGUGCUGCUCUGA